GCUCUGCGCCCCCUGCACUGCAUGUCCCCGCUGACCUGCCCCUCCCCUGUGUCCCGCAGGCUCCAGGGCGCGCCAUGGCCCGCGCACGCCAGGAGGGCAGCUCCCCCGAGCCUGUAGAGGGCUUAGCUCGAGACAGCCCGCGCCCCUUCCCGCUUGGCCGCCUGGUGCCCUCGGCCGUGUCCUGUGGCCUGUGUGAGUCUGGACUGCCCGCCGCCCCCGCCCUGCUGCCUGCCGCCUACCUCUGUGCCCCCACCGCCCCGCCUGCAGUCCCCGCCGCCCUGGGGGCCCCCCGCUGGCCUGGAGGUCCCCGAAGCCGGCCUCGAGGCCCGCGCCCCGACGGGGGCAAUGUGGAAUUGGCAAAUGCAGGGUUGUGGAUUCUGUUUCACAACAAUGAAGUGCACUUGAUUGAGGAUGGGGUUCGCUCAGCGUUUCAGAGACAGGAAGAGCAGCAGCGGCAUCGCCCCUCGCCCUGGAGGGUCCUGUACAAUCUUAUCCUGGGACUUCUGCCCUUACCCAGGGGCCAUGGCGGAGCCCGCGGCGGCGGCGGUGUUGUCCCAGAGAUGGAGCCCAAUUAGGUGCUUGUGCCCGCUCGGUGGCCAUCAGGGACUUCGGGGGGCAGGCUCCCUCCACUCCUGACGCCCCAGCCAGUGCGGGGGACUUUUUCUGC